GAACAUGGCGGCUCACUGUUCCGUGGGACUGGCAACAAGAUCAGCAGGACUGGGGGGUUUCCUGCGGAGAGUUUGUUCUUUAAGAAGCUGCGGCCCCCCAAAAGCCCUACUGUGUCCGCACCAUCGCCACUUCUUCUGGAGGAAGUGGAAAAGUUCUCACAUAGUUCGCCCAGCUACUGUUAAGCCUGCCUAUGCAGUGCCCACGCACAUUGUGCGGCCUGACUAUGUAAACACUAGACUGAUCCCAGAAUGGCCAAACUACAUAGAGAUCAAAAGCCAAGAGCAGAUCGAAGGCCUCGCCAGAGCCUGUCAGCUAGCCAGACAUGUACUGCUACUAGCUGGACGCUGUCUGAGGGUGGGUAUGACAACGGAUGAAAUAGACUUCAUCGUGCACCAAGAGACAAUCAAGCGCAAUGCCUACCCAUCCCCUCUCAGAUACGGGGGUUUCCCCAAGUCAGUCUGCACAUCUGUGAACAACGUGGUCUGCCAUGGCAUCCCCGACAGUCGGCAACUUGAAGACGGAGAUAUCGUCAACGUCGAUGUCACUGUGUAUUUAGAUGGGUACCAUGGCGACACUUCAGAAACCUUCCUGAUUGGCCAGGUGGAUGAGGUCGGGCAGCGAUUGGUGGAAACUGCCAGGCGCUGCCGAGAUGAGGCCAUCGCUGCCUGCAAGCCGGGUGCACAGCUCUGUGUUAUAGGAAACACCAUCAGUGAAAUCGCCCACGCCAGUGGCUUUCAAGUGUGUCCUUAUUUCAUUGGACAUGGAAUAGGUUCUUGCUUCCACUGCCAUCCUGAGAUCUGGCACCAUGCUAACGACAAUGACAUGACCAUGGAUGAAGGGAUGUCUUUCACAAUAGAGCCCAUACUGAUGGAAGGGUCGGCAGAGUUUAGGAUCCUGAGGGACAAGUGGACCGCAGUGUCUGCAGACGAUAAGCGGUCCGCUCAGUUUGAACACACUGUGGUCAUCACAUCUGACGGAGUGGAUAUUCUCACUAAACUGCCAGAAGAGAGCAAAAAAUGUGACCUGAAGGAAUCUAACUGAUGUCCAGCUGUUAGAAAUCUCUUUACCUCAAACUGCCUGAGAUAACAAAACACUGUGACAAGAACUUGGGUAGUGAUUCAUCUGGAGAUAUUCAAAUCGAGCGUGUUGUUUCUACCUGUAACGUUUAUUAAAAGACUGAGGAGCACAUGUACAGAGGAAGAAGUGGCUGCUGGUGCAUCUAAUUGCUGAAGUAGAGAUCUAUGCAUGUCGUGAGUGUUUAUAUUGUCAUUAUAAGAGAUUCCCAAUAUUCUUCAAAUCUCAGUCUGUCCUUUUGCUAACCUAUCAGCUGGUGGCCAGUUUAGACAGUUUUUUUUUUUUGAACACAGAUUUGUGUGAUCCUUAAUGACAGCUUUAAUGAAGCCCAUGGUAGCUCAAUGUGAUUUAUGCCAAUCAAGAGAGACGUAUAACAGUUAAAUGGGAGCCACACAAGUAAGACCGUGGGAAGGAUUUUAGAGGUCGUGAGUCCAAAUUUAAAUUUUUGUGUACAAAUUUAGCUGUUUGAUUAUAUUUAUCUCCCUUCAUCAUUGUUUGAAUGUUUCAUAGCGUUCUCUACACUACAAGGUAUUUAAUUGUGCUGUAAAAUUCCAAGUCCUUUAUAUUUUAUUUCAAAUUUUUAGAUUUGGGUCAUACUAAAUCUCUUCUUGCAUACUAAGUAGUAUGGGUAUUGGAACUCACAGGUAUGUCCUAAUACAUAAAUGCAGAAUGCCAAAAAUAUCAGGAUGUCCUCCUGCAUCCUAUUGCUGUUUCAGAAUGCAUGCCAGCUAGCUUUGCUGGCUAUCCUGAUCCACAAUCCUCUGAGCAAGAGGGUCUAAGUUCAAGGUGUAAUGUUAUGACGAAGACGUUUUGUCCCGUUCAAUGCUUACUGUAUGCAACAGUGCACACUCUGUAAGGUCAGCUGACUGCAGUGUAGGUCAGUGGAGAAGUGACUCUUGGAAAGUGACUGUCAUCAAGUGUAGCCAGUAGGUGGCAGCAAACACUAAUACAUUUGACCUUGCAGCAAGCACAGGCUCCACAUCCUCCCUCAUGUCACUCAGAACGGGCUGCAGCACAACACACCACAUCUGACCAUCUCUAAUCUGUUUAUGGCCCAUAACUAUAAGUGGAAAGCACAUUUAGAUUAAUCUAAACCAAGUGUCGAUAAUGAAUUGUUUUGUAACGUCUGCUCCCAGGGCCUGAGGCCAACUUGAUUAUCAACUGCCCAACAUGACGAGGGCUUUUCACACUACCACCAGACUCAGUUUACCAAGCAUGACCGAGUGAUUCAGUGCAGCUUACAUGCUGAACAAUAACAUCUGCACAAACUAGAGGACAAAAAUGCUGUGCGGGGGUUGUAAAUUCCACUCAGCAUCACCCUUUUGGUCUAUUAUUCCUAUUCCUCUUAACUAUAUCUUUUAUCCACAGGUGGAUUUGAUAAAGAAGAGAACAUGCAAUCCACCUCUUUCUCACCUCCUUUUUGUUACCUGACACUUAGAGCUCAAAUUACUGGCUUGUUAAUUUACAUUAAAGUUAGAUUACAAUGUGCAGUAUGUGAGUGAUCAAAUUCUUCUCCUACAACCUUUGUCAAGUCCUUUGAGAGUUCUGUCCACAGUGCUGUGUGGAGAAAUGUAAACUUUAUGGUUUUGUAAUAAUACUCCUUAAUGCGUCUGUAACUGAAUAUGGUGAAGUGAAGCAGUUUAAGAGGGAAAAUAUGCAUAGGCAGAGAAAUUGGAUUCCAGCCUACUGGGUGUGUUUUCACUUCCUGCCAAUGUACUGUGUGUGUGUGUGUGUGUGUGUGUGUGUGUGUGUGCGUGCGCGCGCGCGCACUCAAGCCAGUGCCAGUUUGUGGGUGAGGCAGUAAGGAUUAGACAAAUAAAGGUGGAUGGGUUACUCAGGAGCCUGGUCAUGUCCAGCCAGGAAAUGAUUCACAUAUAUUUAUAAGAUGAUAAGGAUUACUUGGUCAUUUAUUCAGGUUUUAUUAAACUUGAGAGACAAAGUCAAAAUUUAAAACUGUAAAGAAAGGCCUUCUUGAAUACCAAACUAAGUGUCUUUUUUUUGUUGUAUCUUGUUGAAGCAAUGCAUUACUCCCCAUUUCAUUUUAGGGUGCGUGUCUGAAGGAGUGUGUUUCUUGUGAAUCAGGACAGGAGUAAGUAAAAACAACUCUUGACGGCCUUCCACCAGCAUAUGAUUCAUUCAAUUUGAAACAUAAAAAUCUGAAAAGACAUUUUUUUUUUUGUCAGCAAGAAGGAGAGAAAGUGAAGACAGAGCAGAAGCUAGGGAGAGUAGAGGUGGUAAGAGUCUUAGGGAGGAGCAGGGAGUGGCGGGGUGAGGUGUUGGACUGUAGUCAUGAAUCUUCUCUUCUGCCUCUCCUUUUCCUGCAUGUUGGGACUCAUUCCUGCUCUCCUGUAAAUCCUUGUCUGUUCUUUGGUAUUUGAUUUUCAAAUAACACGCCCACCAUUUAAAAUAUAUGAUGCGCUUCUGUUGCUUAUGACUGUGGAUUGUCAUUACUUCUGCUAAAGAAGGUUAUGUUUUUAUUCCUGUUUGGCUGUUAGUUAGCAGGAUAUCUUCAUAACUAUUCCAAUGACAUUUGGGUAAAAAGUUCAUGAUGGUACAAAUAGUGCCAUCAUGGGACACUUCACGCCUUUUUUUACACUCAGAAUUUAUUGCAAAACGACUUUUUCACGAUUCAUUCCGACAAUAUUAACAUAAUCUUUACCAUGCUGACGAUACAUGUGAAGUUCAUAUCUGCCAUCUGCAUUCCUCAUUCAUUCCAGCAUGUGUGAGGACACUUCUCUGUGUGUGUGUGUGUGUGUGUGUGUUUGUUAACAUAUUUACUGUCUAUGUGGUCAGUUGUUCUCUAACUACUGGAUGAGUAGAUUAAUGUGUUCCCACAUUCCAGGUGUGCACACCUACAUCCCUGUGUGUGUGAGACUGAGACUGUGAUAUAUCACACUUAGCUGGUAUCUCACUGAGGAGCUCCACAGGAAUUCUUGCUUUGCUUGGUGACCUGUACGAUUGUGGCAUUAGGAAAGCAAAGUAUUGUUUUCAGACUUGUAGAGGCAGAUCCCUCUGACACACACGUACUGAAUUUAACCGAGUAACCCUCUCUGCACUGAGUCAAAGCACCCGAAGGCCAAGCAAAAACAGCUGAGAUUGUUUUAUGGGAUCAAACAUGCACUGUGCCGGGACAAGCGGCUGCAGGGUGAUGUCGAGUGAGUAAACACCUUCACGGAAAUCCUUGCGGUAAUGGGGAUUUUUUUUCAUCAUAGACCUGCAGGAAAUGAGGGAAACAACAGAAAAAUCACUUUAAUAUUCCUACAUACAACUGGUCAAGAUCGUGGUCUGAACGCAGCUACUCACGUGCUCGACCUUCUUAAUGUCCUUUCAUUUUGUUUCUUCAUGUUGUUUGUUAUUUCAUUAUCCACUCUUUUUUAGUUGACAAACUCUGCGUGUAACACGACUACAGGCACACUAGCCUGUGAGUCAGUAUAGGAGCUGUGGUGCUUUGAGCUAAAUGCUCAUUUCAGCAUGCUAACACUCACAAUGACAAUGCUAAUGACAAUACUAAUAUUUGGCAGGUAUAUUGUUCACCAUGUUUACUAUUUUAGUUCAACAUAUUGGCACAUUUCAGUCUGGACCAAAGUGGGGCACAUUGGGGUCAUCCUUAUGUUCCCAGGAUCCUUUGUUCUCCAGCUCUACAUCCCCUAAAUAUAACAAUAAUACACACUUAACAUCUGUCUUCUUAGGGAUUUUAAAACGAUUUACACACACACACACAUCUGUUUUUUGCAUCCAGGUAGCCUAUGCUAUUCUACUGUCUGCAUUGUAUCUGUACUUGUUGUAAUCAGUACAUAUAAAGGUAAGAGAUAACGGUAAAUUGAACCUCAACCUGAUAUUACGUCCUCACAAAGUUGUUCUGUUGCUUUUCUUCUGUUUUGAGUCUGGCGUUGGAUUUUACGCAUGUGUCCAUUGAUAUGAACUAACAUUGUAAGAUAUUGAUAAAGGCUAUAUUUACAGUUCAAAUUGCAAAAAAACGAAGGGGGUUUGACAUUUCAAAUGCAGUUUGAAUGAUAAAAACAAAAAAUAAAUCUGUUCAGCUGCUGUGGAGAUAUCAAUGUCUAAAGUUUAAAAAAAAACCUUCUUACCUGGUGCAGGUUUCAAGAAGUAUUACAAAAGUAGGCUUUUGGCUGUAGGGCGGUGUUUUCAACACACUGACUUACUGAAACAUACACAGAACCUUUGACUGACUGAGGGGAAAAAACAUAGCUGAGAGCAAAAGAAAUGCGUCACAUUAAGAGGAUAUUAAACUGGGGAACAUAGGACCCUGGGAACAUGCUUCCGUGGACAUUUAUAUGAAGGAUGUUUUGGUGUCAAAUUAGGCCAUAUAGAGUAUGUGUGUCACAAGUUACAGUUAAUGUGCAAGAAUGCAUUUGUGUGUGUGUGUGUGUGUGUGACAGAAGAAGUCAGUUGUAAACUCGAGUCACCAGACUGGCGCAGGGAGGGCUCCCUCUUGAUUGACACUUACAAGGCAGAAACUUUCUCGUUUGACCUCUUGAGUCUUUCACUGCGAGGAAUGUUUUUUUUUGUCUUUUUAACACUGUGGAAAUAUUUUGGGGGAGUGUUUUAGUGCUCCCAGACCACAGAUAAGGACGCUAUCCACUUAUCCCAGUGUGUAGCUCUGUUUUCUGUAUGUACCUCUUUGGCUUCUGUGUGUCUCUUUGUUCCUUUGACACCCUUCCUGACUCUAAACAACUGCAGCAGACUGCCAAAAUAAGAGCAGAGGUGCUGUGUGUGUGUGUGUGUAUGUGUGUGAGAGUGUAGAUGGUAAACAUCACCCGAGGCAGCUCUAAAAGGUCAAUGAUAAAUGGACUGUCUGCCUCUGUUGUGUUGUGAGAUUCCCACAGACACACAAACACACUGGUGCUCACUGCCUGGCACAAUGUCCUCUAUUGCAGUGCUUGGACCACAAGAAAACUGGUUAUGCAGCUCAGAGCAAUACCCUUUUAGCCGUGUGUGUGUGUGUGUGUGUGUGUGAGCGAGAGAGAGUUAUUUGUUUAGGAUCAGAUAAGCUUUAUUCCUCAAGGAAAGCCCUCCCUCAUUUCUUUGAUCUAUUUUAGAAAGGUUUCACCACAACAAAGACUUGCAGUGCCGAUAUUAAUCAUUUUCAUUGAUAGACAAUCCUUUCAUUUGAUAUAUGUGAUAUUGAUGUAAGUUUCCUGUCUUGAUGAGAGGACAGAGAAGUUGAUGAGUGACAGACAUCACAUUUAGCUUUCCUGCUUUGACUAUGUUCCUUCCUACAGACCAAAGAUAUUUUCAACAAUAGUAACUGAGCUCCCUGUAUGUGUGCGUGUGUGUGUGUGUGCGUCUGUGUAUGCGUGCGUGCGUUUGAAUGUACAUUAUAGUGCACUGGACAAAAACAGAGGGAAGGACGUUCUUUCCAUGGAGCCUAAAGGAAUGGUGGAGGAAUUCCUUAAACAAUCCUCACAAAUUUGCAAGUCUCUGCCCAAAUCCUCAAGGUGCCAUUAAAACAACUGUGUGUGAGUGUGUGUGUGUGUGUGUGUGUGUGUGUGUGUGUGUGUGUGUGUAUCUGAAUUAACAAUUAGUCCCAUUCAAUAAUGUAUAGCUCUCUGUGGCCACCAAAACAAGGCAUUAUGGUGGAAACUGAUUUGUUGUGCUUCCAGCUUUGGACAAUGGGGUACUGGUGUGUGUACAGUGUGUGUGUGUACAGUGUGUGUGCACAUUCCCCAUAUUAGAGUUGUGGUUGAAGUGGUAGAUUUAUUGUAAUAUUUCCUUCUUAUACUGUAUUGUUUCUGCUAUAUUUUGAUUAUGAUAUUUUGGAUGUAUUCACUCUUUUGUUUCAUGAAAAAUAACUAUAUAUAUUUUUUGACCAACAAAUAAUUGAAGAUUUUAACAAUUAAGUAUCACACUGAAAAAAGGAAGAUAUGUGUAGUAUAAUUUAUCAAUAUUUCUGUUAAAUUAAUGACAUUAAAUUCACUGUGAAAAGGUUGCCUUCUCCCGUUUCACUAAGCCCUGCUCCCCAACACAAACAGUUUGUGUCUGCUUGAUUACUUUAAGUCCAAUGUUUUGGUUUACUUGAUACAUUAUCCAUUAAGGCGUAUAAAUCACACAAGCUUCUUUAGUUUGUCUGUUCUAUUUGCUGCUUUGACUGGGAUGUUGCGGUAAAUCAGCUUCUCAGCAGUUUAAUCAAGCGAUGUGCAAACAGGUUGGCCUCAUUAUGUCUUCUUAGCAGGGAGGGGCUCAGCACUGUUAACAUGUAGGAAGACAGGUGAGAUAGAUCUGCAGGUAAUGAUAUUCUGUUAUAUUUGGUUUGCUCAUUGCUAUGUAAUGAGUGCCCAUAGAUAGAUUGUGAUGUCAGCAGUAACUUACAGAUCUUGUAUUAAUGGUGUGUCCAUUAUUCCGUGUGAAUUUGGAUGCUUGCUCGGUUUAGCUCACCCUGUAUUCCCCUGAGCAGGUGGUAGGUUCCAAUUAGGUGAGACUGAGAAGGUAAAAUGUCAUUCACUGGAGUAGGGCCUUGUGGUGGCACAAGUCAGGGGAUCCCAAAAGUCAUUCAUCCUCUGUUUGCACACAAUUCAAAAGCAACCCUUCCAACAGUUGUUGAGACGUUCCAGUCUGGAUUGAGUGGUGGACACAACAAUACAACUUUGUGAGAUAAAAGUGAAUCAAAAACAGCAAACAAGCAUUUUGGUCUUCCUGUAUUCAUUAACGGUUGGCAAUCAGGUUGUGUCGGCACCUCCUUGUUUUAUUUUCCAGCUGCUGCACACUGACGUGGGCGCUACACAAGUCACAGUAUUUUACUGUUUGCCACUAAGACCACUUUACUGGAGCUAUUUGGACUUUACUGUCUUUCUCAAAAGAGAGGGGAGAGCCAUAUUUACAACACUUCCCAUAUUGUCCCAGUCAGUCUCUUUACAAUUUAUUAUAGCCUGGUCACCAUGGCUUUUAAAAACAUAUAUAUCAUCAAAUAAACUUUACAGUUUCACUACUGUCAGAGAGAGAUAUGGGUGUGUGUGUGUGUGGUGGGAGUUAAAUUGUGACUUCAAUGUGGCAGAUAUUUUCGGCUAAAAGCUAAAUUAAAGGUUCUCAAGAUGAUUUUCUGAGCAUUAAUAUAGCAGCAAACUACCAUUUGUUGUAAAGAUAUAGUGGAGUAAUGUUGUUUGCACUGUUGGUGCUGUCAGUCGCCAUGUUGAGAGCCAUGUGGAGGCAAUAGAAAUGCUCUAAACAACGUAUUGAGAACCUUUAAGGGUUGAAGACACAAUUCAAAAUGCAUUAUAUCAUUAGAGUUGAGAAGAGAGGAAAAACAAUAAAACUAUACAGAGCACCUGAUUUCAAUGGAAUGUGGCACAUUCACUUACAAGUGAAAACCUGUAAGAAUGAUGUUUUAUGUGCUGAGACAAACAUCCACCACCAACAUGAAUCUGUCAGGGGGAACUGAACAGAAUGGAAGUCAACUUUUCUCACUGUGCACCUCCCUCAGGUUAGCUUACAUCUCUUUGUAGCACACCUGGACCCAGCAACACCGGGACCCCUCUCACAACUCCUGCCAUCUCACAUUACAUCCUCUGGCCAGGGCUGGCCUCACACACACACGCACGCACACACACACACACACACACACAAACAACCCUAACUCAGGAGGUAAAUGUACAAAGGGGGGUUGCAAUUGUCCCGAAGGUGUUACAGCACUGCUUGGCAAGAGAAGACAUCAAUUACACCUUAUUGACUGUAAUCAAUACACUCAUCAAGAAGGGUAAAGGAUUUGUUACAGCAUACAAUGUGUGUGUGUGUGUGUGUGUGUGUGUGUGUGUGUGUGUGUGUGUGUGUGUGUGUGUGUGUGUGUGGUUGUGUGGUUGUGUAUGUGUCUCUUUAUGGUUUAACCAUGAGUAUAAAUUCUACUGAGAUAUAGGAUCAAUACUGUGAAUAUGAGAUACCACAUAGGGGAUGUAAAUUAGACAUCUGUCCCCACAAUGUCACUUGCUUGCUUACUAUAGCUUUGCUUUCUUUCUGUUUUGCAGGACAUUGCAGGACAGAUGGCAAGAUUAACACCCUCAUGUCUGUGUGGUAAUAUGCAGCUAUAGCCAGCAGCAAGUUAGCUUAGCUUAGCAUAAAAACUAGAAACAGGAGGAAACAACUAGCUUGACUCUGUGCCAAGAUGUGAAAAGCAGCCUACCCGCACUUUUACAUGUUCUGUUUGAUCCAUACAAAAACUGUCAAAAGUUCAGUAUUAAAUAACUAGGGAGCUUCAGAUAUUUUAGGCAGGCUAUCUGUCCCUGCCCCUGCUUUUAUGCUAAGCUAACUGCCUACUGGCUGUAGCUUCAUAUUUACUGUACAGAUAUGAGAAGGGUAUCAAACUCCUGGCAAAAUGUGCCUGCUGUUUGUUGAGAAAAGCUGCGUCAGCACUCAUUCCUCCUCUGUCCUCUGUUUUGGUUGAAGGCACUCUGGGUUUUCAGCUAACAAAGUUUUCAUACAUUUCUCUAAACUGAUUCUGAAUCAGCCAUAAACUAAUUCAGAGAUUAUCUUCUCUGAACAUAUCUACAGGCUUACACAAGUGAUCAGGGAAAGCGCAUUGAUGUGUAAGCUGUGAAAGAUCUCCGGUUUGGAGUUCAAUAUGAUUGUGAAACUGAUUGUGUGUGUGUGUGUGUGUGUGUGCGUGCGUGCGUGCGUGCGUGUAUUUAUCAGUACCUCAAGGCUACAUGUUUCUACAGUGUCAUAAAAACACACACACACCCUACCACUCAGCUCAUUCCGCCACACCCUCAGGUGAGUGUACGUUUGUUUUCCCUUAGUGUACCUGGAGCUUUAAGAACAAAUACAGGAAGGGAUGUGGCUCGGGCGAGUCUAGGCGCUGAAUUUUAGGUGUGUGUGUGUGUGUGUGUGUGUGUCAGAGAACAUUGCUUUCACUGUCAUUCCUCUACUUUAGCACCCAAGGCGAGGUCUGUGCUCCUCUGCUGUCGUAAUACUGAACAUGCUGUACACGGAGCACACACACAUGACUCAGUUCUUAAUUCUGGUUAGAGGUAAUUAAAAUAAUUGCAGUGUGUGCGUGCAUGUAUAAUGUUUUAUCAGGAUUCUUGUUUGUUGAAGAUAAACUAAAACUCUUUAAAAUAAGCAGUCACUGAUAGUCGCUAAUGUGUAUGUAUGCAGCUAAUGACUAAUUAUGCUUGUGUGCCAUUCAGCUCCUGACUCAGAGUUCAUCAGCAAUGAUUCAUUAAUAGAAUAAUCAGGAAGCCAAUUUCGACAUGCAUCUAACCAAUCAUUUGAUGGUGGUUCAUUUAACAGGCUGCCCUCAAGUAUCUUGGCAGUAUUAAUUAUAUCUUUGUUUAUUCAAUGUUGGGAACUACUUGCUUACUUUUUCUUUCAUUCUGAUCUGUUCUUUGGCAUCUGUGUGGCUUUACACUAAAACCAUGACUGAAUAUCAAUAGAUAGAUGCUCGACUGGAACUGCAGUGGUCUUUCAGUCUGUUUAAGUGUAAGAUGUGUGGCCUUUCUUUCCCGAGAAGAGAAGAGGGGAGAAGAAGAAAAUGAGCUAUUAUGAUAAUGACAGGCUGUGGUGCUGAGGACAGACGAUUGAAAAAAUAACGUGAACACAAUAAAGAAUGUUGUCUUUUCUGUGAUUAAGUGUCAUAUGUCUGUUGAUUAAUUGGUGGUCCUUCAGUCAUCACUCUCUCAAUAUGUCAAACACACACACACACACACACAAACUUUGGGCAUUUAUUGUGAAAGAACUAACACUCCUCACCUCACUUUACAAACUGUGGUUCUUAUCGGUGAUACGGUCGAUUCCUGUUUCUGAGCUUCUGCAGACAGAGCCAAAAUCCACUGGUGAUUGUCCAGCAGGCUGCUGCUCUUACCUGGAACAGCCCAAACUAGACGGGAAAAACUUUAACACAGAUGCAAAAAUAGAGUCAACAAGCAGAUGGUCACAUGAUUUAGGAAUUCAACUACUUCAAAGUGAGACAUUUUAAGAUAAGAGUCAUUUUUAUUAGAUAUCUGCCAAACACGUGACCGACCAGAACAUGUUUUGAACCUCUGAUUCAAUUAGCCUUUCCUUGAGUUCAAAUAUACAUCAAAUGCACCAAUUUUACCUGUUAAUUUAAAAUCUGAUAUAAAAGCAAUGUUGAUUCAGCUGAUCCUCAGAUCAGGAAGACUUAAGUAGUUAACAGACCUGCACAUUGAACCACAUUCUUCCCCUGUCCAAUUUCCCCUCACUGCAUUCCCCUCUUCCACCAUUAUUUGUGCCUUUUAUACUGUAUGUGGGCAGCUAGUUUCUCCCUCUCCCUUUCUGUCAGCCCUCUUUCUCAAUGUGCAGACAAAGCCGGCGUUGUCCGCUGAAAUGCUGUGUUGCGGGGACAGGCUUUGGGUCAGCGUCUCAUGGAAUGCCUUGAAAACCGUC